AUGGCGGCUGAGCUGAAGCAAGUGAAAGAAGCAGAGACAAAAGCUAAGAACAUGGAAAGGGAGAUCUGUAAAUUGCAGAAGACAUUGGCAGAUGGAAAUUGUCAGCCUGAAGUUUCAUCAUCUGCUGCUACAAAGUUUGUGCACUAUAACUUCAGUAAAGCAGACCUGUAUCGUGAUGGCAUGGAAACUCUCGAUGAUGGCCUAUUGCAUCUUACAAAUAAUACAAACAAGAGCACUGGCCAUGCUCUCCAAUUAACUUCACAAGAAUUUGUCUUUUGCAAUGUUUCUGUUGCAAGGCGACGGCCAGGGACUAGCUUUUGUGGUGUCUCCUUCGAUGAACCUCAGGUAUAG